AUGUUGGUUUUAAUUGCAGACAAAGUGACAGCCUAUCAUUCAACAAGUGCAUCGAUCCCCACCUCCGCCGAGGCUGCUAUUGGUAAUAGCCAUGGAGUGGGGAAUGGCCUUCCCCUCUGUACCCAAUGUCACCUUCCCGUGGAGGACAAGUACAUGGUGAGGGUCCGAGGUCGAUCCUUGCACGCAAAUUGCGCCAUCUGUUCCAUCUGCAACUGCAGCCUCAAUGAAUUUUGCUUCAUUAUGGAAGGACGUCUCAUCUGUCGACAAGACUACAUCCGACUCUAUGCUGUCAAAUGCGCGGCCUGCAAAAUGCCAAUGUUAAUGCAUGAGCUGUGUAUGCGAACAGGUUCCAACGAAGUCUACCACGUUAAUUGUUUCCGGUGCUCUAUGUGUGGUGAACAACUCCCUGUGGGUGCCGAGUACGCCCGUGACCCUUCCACUAACGCUCCCAUCUGCAGGAAAAAUUGUGUUCCUCGCUCUUCUUCCUCUUCCUCCAUUGUUGGAAAUGGAGGAGGCACCACAAGCGAGUCUGUGACCCCUUCAGCAGCACCCCUCCUCCAUCAAAACUUCAAUUCAGGCAAACGUGGUCGAACCACUCUCAGUACGAUACAACGUGCCAGACUUGAACAGAUAUUCGAGACCAAUCCAAAGCCUAACACCAAGGUGCGAGAAGCUUUAGCGGUAGAGUUGGGUCUUCCAGUGCGAGUUGUUCAGGUCUGGUUCCAAAAUCAACGAGCAAGGGAGAAGGUACUUUCGGCGAAAUCCGUUCGUUCGGCUUCUCCCUCUGUGACUGGCACUGUUGUCACCAAUGUGAACAAUACAAUACCUGCUACUAAUCCUACUGCUCCCAAUUUGCCUUCCAACUCAUUUGGAUCCCCCGAAAUCGCGCGACCAUCCCAGUACCCAACAGGAAUGAAGAAGACUCAGCUCCACCAUUGGCUCGAUCUCAAUACUCUUAGUGAGGAUCUCUUCCACGAUUAA